UCGAGACUACUUGCUGAAACCAGUUCGACUACAGGAGAUGAUGAAUAUUUGGCAACACGUUAUCAGAAAAAAUCUUGAUAACCCAGAGAAAUCUAGCAUUACCAAAGAAAUAAUAGAUCAAAAAACAUCAACUCUGAAAAGAACUAGAAACCAAUCAACAAAGGAAGAGGAUGAAUCGACAAAGGAAGAGGGUGAGACCAACACUCACCCUGAUAUUGCUUCCUCUUCGCGGAAGAAGUUGAGGAUGACAUGGACCCAAGAACUACAUGAAAGAUUUCUUGAUGCUAUUCAGGAACUAGGCAAUGAAGAGGCAGUUCCAAAUACUAUACUCAAAAUCAUGAACGUUCCUGGACUCACACGGGAGAAUGUUGCUAGCCAUCUUCAGAAGUAUAGAAAUAUCUUGAAGAAGCAGAAAGCUACAAUGAAUCAACAGAAAAAUGGUGAGCCCAAUUUGAAUAGAAAUUCAACGAACAUGCAUGGUUGUUACACUGCCUAUCAAAGUACAAGUGCAGUGCCUAGUAACAUUCAUCCUGUAAAUCUUGUUCCAAGUUCUGAAGAAUUAGCUAGCUCAAAGCAGCUGUACCAGUACUACAUGCAAUCUCGACAGGACCCAAUGGAGCAAGGGAUGAAUAAUCACGUGUAUGGAAAUCCCCCUUCAACUCCAUUGCCAACCGAAAACUACCUUCCUGUGCCGGACUUCAAAUUGUUGAAGUUUCCAAGUGUCUUUCCAGGAAUCAAGGUGGUUGAUGGAUGCUUGGGAAUUUCUUCAGGUCCAAGUAAUACACCACCUUUUAGUCCUUCCAUCCCUGAUGUUUGCUACAUUCCAUCCACUCAAAUGCUUGAAGAUGAUGCUUCGACUCAAAUAGAUGCAAUUCCCCAGCAUGGUUUAGUUGCGUGGCCUCCUCAAGAUUUUGGACCUGGGCAACAGGCGGUGAAAAAUUUUGUCAAUGAACCUGGAGAUACCAAUUGUGAAAGAAAAAAUAUUGACUUGCCAGACUACAUGCAAGAUCCGAAUUUGACAGACCUAAAAGGAAAAGGCAAGGCCAAAGCUGUGCAAUAUUUUCCAGAGCAUCCACACAUGGAAAGUGGUUUCCAUCAGUACAGAAACAGUUUCACGGAUGAUGAACUCACCAUGAUGGUCAAAGAGUUUAACGAUGAGGAUCCUCCAAAAUUGUGAUCAUGAUCACGUUCUAACCGAAGCUGGUGCUCGCAAUAAUGAUUUUUUUGGUGAUUCUUAUAGCUAGGUAGGAUAAGUAUUUUUGUGUAAAGCUGUUAGCUGUCCACAUCUCGUGGGUAUUUAAUUCUUAUAGCUGUUAGCUAGAAUAUUUUCUGAUUAGUUAUAUCCAUUUUUUGGCCAUUAGAUGCUUUGCACAACAAUUCUACACACAAUUUCACAUCCAAUCUUACAAUAUAUUGAUGUGAUGGUGUCCAUAAUGUAGACAUGAGUGAGCAAAAAGUUUCCAACACUCAUAAUCUAACAUGUCAACAUAUUAUGAAAUUAGUUGUGUUCCUUAAAUUAUUGUAUUUUAAAUAUCCUAGAGAAUUAGUUGAGAAAUAAUGACAGAUACUUUUAUGCCU